CGAACCGCCCUUCUGCCUGCGCAAAACGCGAAUCUCUCUCUCUCUCUCUCUCUCUGAAAGCGAAAUCCAACCGCGAGAAACACAGAAAAGAAAAGAAAAGAAAAAUCAUUUCUCUCUCUCUCUCUCUCUCUCUCGCUCGAUCCGAUUAGCAAAAAGACCAACCAGAAAUAACUGAAAACCCUAGGCUUCCCAGCACUCAGACUUAUCCCUUCUCUCCCACACACUCUCUCUGCUUUUCCAGGUGACGACUGAGCUCUCCGUACUCGCAUUUUUGGGGUUUAGGGUUUCAAUUCGUGUUUCGCCAGGUCGAUUGCUGUCCUAAUUUCGGAAGGUGGUGGGGUGUUGGGGAGGGGUGUUUUUAGGGUUUGUCCCGCGCCGGAAUGGAGGGCCUCGGAGCCGGGGGUCGCGGCUGUCGUCGUCGAUGACCGGAGUCCCAUGCCAGCUUCGGGAGGAGAGAGAGAUGAUGUGUAGGGGCGCGGACGGGGGUUGUGGCGCCGAGGAGAGGCCUUGCCCUGUUUCUAGGGUUCCGGCGAGGCCUCCGGCGGAGAUGGCUGGGGAAUCUCCUUUGCCUCAGGAGGUCGUGGAUUUCUUCUCUCAGGCACGUAAAGCUCUGUCCCAGCGCUCCCCUUUCGACGUGGCCGAGGACGGCUCGGCCACGGAUAGCGUGCCCGGGCUGCCGCGUGGAUUGGCCAGCCUGUUGAAGAAUUCCGAUAGCAGGAAGAAGCACAAGAAGUCCCAUUCGGGCUCAGAGAAGAAGUCUUCUAGGCAGGUGGAGCGGUCGCGAGGGAGCAACGUUUGGCUUGAGACAGAGGAUUUCUUUAGGGACUUGGCUUUACCGGAUAUCGACGCUUUAUACGAUGCGUGUUGUGUUAGUUCAAUAGCUUCUAGGGAGCGCAUGUUGAUUCCAGUCUUGGAAGGCGAUAAUGUGGAGGAUAAUGCUGUUAGUUGUCAGGAUGUCGAUGAUUGUAGUGGCAGUGGGGUUGUUCUUGAAGAGGAGAAGCAGGUGAGGGGCGAACAGGAUAUGGAAAUUGAUAGUGUGGGAGCUGGUGGUACUCCCAGACAAGAAGCGGUGUGUCCUGCACCGGACUUGUCGGGUAGUUUAGAAUGGCUUUUGGGUUGUAGGAACAAGAUUUAUUUAACAUCAGAGCGGCCUUCAAAGAAACGGAAGCUGUUAGGUAGUGAUGCAGGCUUGCAAAAGCUUCUCAUUGGUCAUCCUUGUGAAGGAAACUCUUCUGUAUGUAGCUUUUGUUGUAAGACUGAGGCGGGUUUGGAGUCAAAUCCAUUAAUCUUCUGCAGCUCUUGUAAAGUUGCAAUUCAUGCAAAGUGUUAUGGAGUGCAAGGGGAUGUAGAUGGCUCUUGGGUUUGCUCAUGGUGCAAGCAGAAAAAAGACGGGGGAUGUGAUUCGGGGAAUGCUUGUGUCCUGUGUCCGAAGCAAGGAGGCGCUUUAAAACCAGUCCAGAGAAAGGAGGGAAACAAUGCACCCUCUGAGUUUGCCCACUUGUUUUGUUCUCAGUGGAUGCCUGAGGUUUAUGUAGAGGAUCUGACAAAGAUGGAACCGAUUAUGAAUUUGGAAGGGAUCAAGGAAACACGAAGGAAAUUAGUGUGCAAUGUGUGCAAGAUAAAAUGCGGCGCUUGUGUUCCAUGCAGUCAUGGAACCUGCAGAAUUUCUUUCCACCCCAUUUGUGCCAGGGAAGCCAGCUAUAGAAUGGAGAUCUGGGGAAAAUUUGGAGAUGACAAUGUUGAGCUACGUGCUUUUUGCUCAAGGCAUUCAAAUGUCCAGGCCAGUGCUGUCUUGGGUCAGCCAGAAGGUUGUCCUGGUUCAGCUGAUGCAAAUCCACAUAUUGUGAAUCCUGUGUCUGGGGUAUUUCCUACGAAAGAAACCAAUAGUUCAAAAGUUGGCUGCAAAAGUGGGGGUGAUAAUUCCCACAAAUCAGAUAGUACUGAUUUGCAAGAGGUGGUGCUUUUUAAUGAUAGAUCAAACAUUAAUACUAAGUUGGAAGGUACUGAUUCAGAGGAGCUUGGACAAUUGGAGAAGAUACAUUUGAGCAACUAUGAAGACACCAAUGCAUCUGAUUCCUUGAACUUCGUGCUUAUUUUGAAAAAGUUGAUUGAUCGAGGAAAAGUGAAUGUGAAAGACGUGGCAUCAGAGAUUGGCAUUUCACCCGAUUCAUUUUACUCAAAACUUGCUGAUGAUAAAUACGUGCCUGAUUUGAAGUGGAAGCUAGUUAAAUGGCUUAAAAAUCAUGCAUGUAUGGGUACCUCGCAGAAGGAUCUGAAAGUAAAAAACUCGAAUUUUCCAGCUAAGGCUGAAGUUGGAGGAACUGAUGUUUCCGAUUCAGUUGCACUAUCAGAUUCUGAUAUUUCUGAUCCUGUUGCUGUUAAAUCAGUACCCCCGCGGAGAAGAACCAAAAGCAACAUAAGGAUAUUAAAGGAUAACAAUAUAAUUUGCUCAUCCAAAAAUAGUUUUAAUGACAAUGGGAUGGUGAUGGACAGACUAGAUCAAGUUGCCGGAGAAGUAGAGAGAUCAACCGAAUUAUCUAUUCUUGAUGUCAGAGAAAAGCUCGAGACUGAGCUUGAUAGCUCUCAGAAUACUUCAGCUAGGGAUUCCCCUUCACUGUUAGGUAUCCCAGCAGAACCUCCAAAUAGCAGCUUUUCUCAGUGCAGUCAAUUGGAAGAGGCCGCAGAUGACCCCAGUACCUUAGCAAUUCCAAACACUGAAAAUGCUGUUUGUCCUCAUCAUGAGAAUCCUGGACUUUCUAAUCCUGUAAAAUCAGAAGCACUUCGAAGUUUCUACAUGCAUCCAUUUAUCCAAAAGAGUUUGCUGUACAUGCGGAGCAGAGGACUCCUAUGGGAUUUUAUGCAUGAGAAUGACGGUUUAAAAGGAGGAGAAACCUCUCGUGUUGGUUCCUCUUGUGGUGCCAGUGUUUGCUGCGAUCACCAAAAUGGGCAGAUUCUUUGCAACACAAUAAAAUGUAAAUCAGAUGGAGAAGAUUCAGAAAGUUUGGUCAAUACUGGGCGAUCAAGAGUGCUAGAGAUGUCCCCAAAUGAUGAAGUGGAAGGAGAGAUACUCUAUUUUCAACGUAGAUUGCUUGGCAAUGCAAUCGCUCGAAAACAAUUUAGUGAUAAUUUGAUUAAUAAGAUUAGAAAGGAUCUGCCACAGGAGAUUGAUUCAGGUCAUGGUCAAGUAUGGGAUGCCGUGCUUGUCAACAAAUAUCUUUGUGAGCUCCGAGUGGCAAAGAAGCUGGGUAGGAAGGAGCGGAAGCACAAGGAAGCCCAGGCUGUUCUUGCUGCUGCUACUGCUGCAGCAGCAGCUUCAUCUAGGAUUUCUUCACUCAGGAAAGAUUUGCUUGAUGGAUCAACGAAUCAGGAGAAUUUGGUGAAGCACAAUACUACUAGUGGAAGGGCUGGUUAUUAUUCGCAACUUAUGCCACGAGCAAGGGAGACAAUUCCUAAAGCAGGUGUCCAUAAGGAUUCAUUGGAACGGCAUUCUGGGUCUAUGCAGUCAGCAUCGGAUUUUUCCAAAGAUCAUCCCAAAUCAUGUGAUAUCUGUAGUCGGCCUGAGACACUGAUGAAUCCUAUUUUAGUCUGUUCAAGUUGCAAGGUUUCUGUGCACAUGGAUUGCUACCGGAGUGUCAGAGAAUCCACUGGACCAUGGUACUGUGAAUUAUGUGAAGAGUUACGAAGUUCUGGAGCACCAGCUGUCAAUUUCUGGGAGAAAUUUACUUCUGCUGCCGAAUGUGCUUUAUGUGGAGGCAACACCGGUGCUUUUAGGAAAUGCAUAGAUGGUAAAUGGGUCCAUGCCUUCUGUGCUGAGUGGAUCUUUGAAACUACCUUUACAAGAGGACAAGUAAAUCCAGUCGAAGGAAUGGAUUCAAUUUCAAAAGGUGUUGACGAGUGUAAUGUGUGCCACCAUAGAUAUGGUGUCUGCAUAAAGUGCAAUUAUGGUCACUGUCAGAGCACAUUUCAUCCAUCAUGUGCUCGAACUACUGGAUUAUUCAUGAGUGUAAAGACUGUUGGUGGCAAGUUGCAGCACCGGGCUUAUUGUGGAAAGCACAGUGUUGAGCAGAAGGCAAAGGCUGAGUCGCAAAAGUAUGGAGUUGAAGAGCUAAAGAGCAUCAAGCAAAUCCGGGUUGAAUUGGAAAGAUUGCGGCUUCUUUGUGAGAGAAUCAUUAAACGUGAGAAAGUGAAGCGGGAAAUUGUGCUUUCCACGCACGAAAUACUUGCGUUGAAGAGAAACACGGUUGCUCGAUCGAGGUUGGUUCAAGGUCCUUUCUUAUCUACUGAUGCCAGCUCAGAAUCUGCCACAACAUCACUGAACUACAGAUCUGGCAAUGAAGCAGUUCAGAAAUCGGAUGAAAUGACUGUGGAUAGCUCAGUUUCUAUCAAGCGACGAAGUAAAGUUCCUUCUCACACCAGCACUGAUCAAAAGACUGAUGGCAGCUCUGGAUCACAGAAUAUUGUGAUCCGGAAGCCAACAGAAAAGGCUUUAUUCUCUGGAAAACACAUUCCUCAGAGGCCACCAGUUGCAUCUCGUAAUAUUCUGAAUGAUGGAGAAGUGAGGUCAAGGUAUAAGAAGCAUCCAGAUACAUUCGAGAAAGAGCUGGUGAUGACUUCUGAUCAAGCCGACUUGAAGAAUAAGAUGUUACCUAAAGGUUAUGCAUAUGUACCAUCAGACAGCAUCCCAAAGGAUAAGUGGAUAAACCGGGAUGGUUCGAGUGAGCCAUUGGAACAUGGUGGCUAGUCAAAGAACGUCUCCUUCUGGUUUGCAAGUCGCGUGCUCAAGGCUUCUUGGUGUCUGUCACGGGUCAACGAAGCUUGUGCGGCAGAAGUUGUUGCCUUUGGGUGAUCAUGGUAAAAGGAAAUUGAGGCAUUAACGGUGAGAUCAUGCCCAGCCUGGUCAGUGGUCGUCGUGCUUACACCCCGAAGGGAGCCAACAAUUUGCUUGGUUUUGACCGUGAAAUUUUGGCACCGUAGCUGUACAUUCAUUGAGAAGCGUUCGAGUGUACAGGAGGUCAGGGUUAAUUCAAUUCUUCUUGUUGAUUCACAUUGCUCGCCUGGGGUACGACGGGUGGUUGGUGGGCUUAACAAAAUCUAUAGAGGCUUAUCGCUGUUGCUUGUACUUGAAUGCCCAAAAAUAACGCAGAUAGAAUCCUGUAGUGUGCAUGUAAAGUUUAGUGCAUGUACAUAGUUACAGUAUCAAUAUUCAGCAAUUGAGCCAAAGUCAAUUUGCUGGAAUGCUCCUUGCGGUACCUUACAAUGUGCCUUAGCUUUGUGGGAUUUGGACGUUGAUGGUGGGAAUUGUGCUCAUUCAUUUUCUCUUGUUGGCUGAAAGAUCAUUGAGUCGCUACAUUGGUCUCGGAACGAAUUUUUCUGUUCAAUCAGUAAGCUUUUAUUC